AUGACUUCUUCAGCGGCACCAGAACAAUAUGAGGAGACUCCAGUAUUUCUAGACAAUACCCAGGAUGCUUGGACUGCCUUGGACUCCCAGCUAUUUCCACCCUCACAGCCAUCGGACGAAGAAAGUGUCCCAGAAAGCGAGGAAGACGUUGACAAGAAUGUCCUUCCAUUACCAAUUGGCUCAUCACUGCCGCCUCGCGUGACAUACAACGCAUUGCCUCCGGAUGAGUCAGCGCUCUUAGACACUUCACUCAUGCCGGCUCCAAAGUCAAGAUCUCUCUCUUCUCACGCAAAUCGCGGACUAAGACCGAGUCAACACAUCCUGACACCGUCGAGACCGUUGCAAGCCACCGAACACGGAACACCGAGCUAUCUUGAUGACCUCUCAACAAUCUAUCCUGCCGAGACACCCGUUCGGCGGGUGUCGUUGCUUCGGACUUCGAACCAGCCUUUGCCGCAGGACAACUUUUCGUCUCCAAGCGAUGACAUCCCGUCGCAACUUCCGAGCACAUACUCGAUCAGCGACAUAAACUCUGAUCCCAUACAUAGUGAUCAGAACGAUGCGCCAACAAGUUCCGCUUGGGGAAGCCUGCCUCGAGGUAGUGCGCCUCACCCCUGGAAUGGUAUCAUCGAGGAAGAAUCACCUCUGAAGGGUGUCAGGUCGCUUGGAAAACGACGUGCUCAAGGGUCGUCGCCUCUAAAACAGACGCAGUCGCUCGAGUCUCCCAGAGCAAACAUGUCUGUUCACAUCAAGCCGAUUCGAUCUUCUGUUGCGACUGGGCAAGAUGAUAUCUCUUCUGCUUCUCUAGAUCGUGCAGUGGUCCCAAAGCAACAGCAGCAAGCAGAAUCCAUACGACAGGAAUUUACUUCUUCCUCCGAACUACGAUUUUCCUCGGCCUCGCAAGCUCGAGGGCUCCAAUCAGACGAUGGUGCAGAUGAACUUGCUUCGGCUUUAGUCAGAGAAGAAGAUGCNAACCACUCGGCGUGCGCUGUCGUCUUUCGAGUCGGGCUUUUCUUCUGCAGCACAAGCACAAGGAACCCAGUCGAAUUCUCUUCGAGCCCUGAAGCUCAGGGAACACAAUCUACUAGCACAAAUGANCACGGUCAUCCCCAAGCGCUUCGACAACAUAGUGUCGACCAUCUUUUGCCUACGUCUUUCGAGUCUCGCUUUUCGUCCAGCCCGGAAGCUCACGGCACGCCGUUUGUGGAGAAGGAGAGUCCCGAUGAGAAGCCUACCGAAGAAUCGUCGUCGCCAAGCUCAAAGAUAGAUUUGUUUCAACCGCGGACAAGACUGCUUCCGUCAAAAGCAGCGCAAUUCGAAUCCUCAGCAGUAGGGCAGACUGUUCGACGUAGUUCAGAUGCCCUCCAAAGUGGUACAGCUCCUACAGGAUCGAGCCCGUGGCAACCUGUGUCUUCAGCCUCUGAAGUAAAUUCUGCUGUCUUCGAGCGGGCACAAUCUGAGACCGCAAAUGAGAUAUCGACUCCUAUGCACGAUGCUCGUAUCGACAAGCGGUCUCUGCCCUCAGCACACGUUUCAGAAUCAGUAAUUGCGGCCAAGCGACGCAAAUUCGCCUCUUUGGCCACUCCAAAGUCAAAACCAAGCACCCAAGAAAGAGAAAUCUUCGAGUCUUUGCCCUUGCAGAUCCACCCACCACCUCCACCUACUGGCUCGGAGACCUUCAUCACACACGUUACGCCGCAACUCAAAAGUCAAUUUUGGGACAGUGAAGAAUUGCAAGGAAAAUACAAGCCUUUUCCCCAUCGAGACCUCAGACAAAGUGAAAGAGGAUAUUGGCAAUUUGACACGAAGUCUUGGAGUCCAAAGGUACAGAUCAAGUUCUGGGUCUUUUUGCAGUCGAACAUUGGAAGCGGGGUUAGUGGAUGGGGUAUCUGGUGUUUGCGUGAGAACACUCCUACAGACGAGGAUGAAGAUGCAGGAGCCGAAUUGGGUACCGUCAAGGUCUUCUGCUGGGGAGAAGUCGUGGGACAUAUUUGGUUGCUUUGCUAUGUUGCCAGUCAGGCCAGACUGAAGCGCGUGGAAAGUCAGUGGAUUGAUGCAGAUGGAGAGAUUGUGAUCAGGAUUUAG